ACUAACCAUAGAAAUUUAACAGAAAACCCCUCGGUGGUGUCUGGAGCUUGAGGCUUGAGAGCCAGAGUUGCUACAGAAUUGUGACCUGGAGCAUCUGAGGUUAAUAAUAGCUAUUCACAUCCACAAUUAAAAAUGGCCUCCAAGGAAACUAGAAUACCCAAAAGAAAGAAAAAAAACAGAAAACCUGAAAAUGUUGAAGAAGAAGAGCUUGAAGAAUUUGAAGUGGAGAAAGUAGUGGGCAAACGUAUAGUAGCUGGCAAGGUAGAAUAUCUCCUGAAAUGGAAGGGAUAUUCAGAUGAUGAUAACACCUGGGAGUCAGAAGAGCAUUUAAAUUGUCCAGACUUAAUCGAGGCUUUUCUGAAUUCUCAAGAAGCUACUAGUGAAUCUGAAGGUAGCGUAACAACAGACAAUAGCGAAGCUAGUGAUAAUCCAACGGGGUUUGCUAGUGGUCUAGAGCCUGAACGAAUAAUUGGUGCCACAAGAAGUAGUGAAGGAUUGAUGUUCCUCAUGAAGUGGAAAGAUUCGGAUAAAGCUGAUUUGGUGUUGGCAAAAGAGGCUAAUGUUAAAUGUCCUCAAAUUGUAAUUGAAUUUUAUGAACAGAGAAUAGUUUGGGAUCCUUCAUCGGAAGGAUAA